GCACCAUAAAGCUCGGCAGGGUCUGAACUUGUCAACAUGCAAGUUUAGAUCCCAGAAGCAGCUUUUGAUUUCUGACACCACGAUGAUGGAGAAGGUGGUGCUUUUGUUCGGGCUGGCGGGUCUGGUCACGUCGUACGCCAUACCAGCUUCCUUUGGCGUGCAUGAGGUUUAUGAAAAUGGUGAAGACGAGAACCCGCUCCUGAACCGGGGUUCAGAUGCCAACCUGGUGGAGGGGGACAUUCAUAUUCCUAAAGGGAGGAAUGCCCUCAUUAAUGAGCGGUACCGAUGGAAAUUCCCGAUCCCUUACAUUCUUGGUGAUGAUUUGGAUCUGAAUGCCAAAGGCUGCGUCUACCAGGCGUUUGAAAUGUACCGUCUCAAGUCUUGUGUGGACUUCAAGCCGUACGAGGGAGAGAAAACCUUCAUCAAGUUUGAAAAGAGAGGAGGGUGCUUUUCCAGCGUUGGGGACCAGCAGGAUGGUCAGAUCCUGUCUUUGGGAUCUGGCUGUGACCACAAGGCCGUGAUCGAGCACGAGCUACUUCAUGCGCUGGGAUUCUACCACGAACAAUCCCGCACAGACAGAGACGACUACGUGGACAUCUGGCUGGACCAGGUCUCACCGGGACUUGAACACAACUUCAACAAAUACAACGACGACUUCAUCACUGAUCAAAAUACAGCCUACGACUACGAGUCCGUCAUGCACUACAGGCCCUUCUCCUUCAACAAGAACGAGUCCGUCCCCACUAUCACCACCAGAAUCCCGGAGUUCUACAACAUCAUCGGCCAGUACCUGGACUUCAGCAAGAUGGACGUCCUCCGGCUCAACCGCAUGUACAAUUGCUCCGGCCCGCUCACCCUCCUGGACCAGUGUUCGUUUGAGUAUGCGAGCAUCUGCGGGAUGAUCCAGAGCUCCUCCGACGAUGCCGACUGGGUUCACACCAAGAGUGAAGAGGAUCACACCCUCCUGGGGAGGUGCAGAGAUGCGGGUUAUUUCAUGCACUUCAACACCGCGACCGGGAAGUCUCAGGAGUCAGCUUUACUGGAAUCUCGAACCCUUUACCCGAAGAGGAAGCUCCAGUGUCUGCAGUUCUUCUACAAGAUGACAGGAAGCCCCAGAGACCGGCUGGUGAUCUGGGUCAAGAUGGAUGACGGCACAGGCACUGUCCGCCGAAUGAAGAAAAUACACACCUUUGAUGCGGAUUCUGACCACACAUGGAAGAUUGCCCACGUCCCAAUGGAAGUAGGAGUGAAAUUUCGCUACGCCUUCCAAGCCAUGCGUGGCGAUACGGAUACGUCCAGGGGCGGUAUCUACAUCGACGAUGUCAGCCUGACGGAGACGCGUUGCCCCAACGCGGUGUGGACCAUCCACAACUUCUCUAAGAUCAUGGAGACGGCUGAUGUCAACACAGUCAUCAACAGCCCUCGUUUCUACAGCCCUGAAGGCUACGGCUACGGUGUCAGCAUCAGUCCUCUGUCCCAUUACACCGAUUACACAGGGAACUACAUGGGGCUCUACUUCCAUUUGGCCAGCGGUGAGAAUGACAUAGUGAUGAAGUGGCCUGCUGUGAACAGACAGGCCACGCUGGUGGUGAUGGACCAGGACCCGGAUAUUUUACUAAGGAUGUCUUCUGCUCGCAGUCUCACCACUGACCUGAGGACAACUUCCGAUGGAAAGCACUUCUGGGACAAUCCCUCCAAAGUGGGGAAGUACGACCCCUCCUGUGGCUGCCACAGAAGCGAAUCAUGGGGCUGGAGGAACUUCAUCAAGCACUUCGACCUCAGGAGGCGCAAUUACCUCAAGAAUGAUGACCUCAUCAUCUUCAUCGACUUUGAGGAUUUAACAUCACUCAUAAAAACAGAAGUUCCCAUCAGGCCAAACGAAUGAGUUCUGGUUAGCUUCUGCAACACUGCGAAACCAGUAAAUGGAUGCAGGACAAGCAGUUUGGAUGAGAAGAACCACCCGCGAAGCCUACCACAGUGUCGCGAUCCUACUGUACAUGUUGCCAUCAAACAAUUUGUUAGUCAACCGAAUUGCUAAGUUUGGAAUUAAUUAAAAUAAUUGAAGUCAAUUGUUGAAGAAAGCAUCUGUUUUUUUAUGUUUGUUUGUUUUGUGCUGCAAAAAUCACCGCUAUUUCAUUGAAUUAGAGGGAAUGCACUUCUCAGAAAAACUGGAAUAUGUUACUGUAAAUCCAGUUGUGACUUUCAAAUCAAUUCAAUCAAUUUGUAUUUCUAACUCUUACAGCUAGUGUCUGCUAUAUGCAAUAAAUUGCUCCCAAUUGCA